ACGGAGCACCAGCGUCUCUUCAGCCUUGCUGACAAUUCGCUCAGGGAAUUACGGUGUCUCAGCAAAGACGGUGUGACCAGGAGACAACACACGCACAUUUUUCAUGCAUAUGAGUGCGUUUUGGACUACAAAUGCGACGCUGAUUAGAUGAAAAUGUGGAAGAUAUGAAUCGUUAAAUAUAUCUCCUUAAAACUUUGGACAUUUGCUGGAGAUUUCCGAGGAAUGGACUACACAGACGCGCUGUUUUCCACAUUCUUAGAUAUGAAUACAACUUGAACUGGGCGAACGGCACUGUUGAGGGUCCAAUGCGAAGUGCCCGAAUGCGAAGAAGCCUACCGGGUGAACGACUUUCGUUCGUCCCCUUUCUGCUGGUUAAGAAACCGUGCGAAGCCCAUCCUCCCAAAGAAGGAGGAAUUGGAUAUACGUUUCUCUGUUCGUGCUAACUUGUGCUGGUCCAUACAUUCCGUUCAUUUUAGUAUUUCUGUUAUAUGGAGAUAACCCGUAUCCUGAUAUUUUGAAGUUGCUGGACUUCCACUGGGUCCUCGGGAGUUGGAGCCUUCAGGAUUAUUACUCUCUACUCUCUGGGCGCAUUUCCAUGUCAACGUUGUCUGCUGUAUGACAAUGGAUUAUUUACUGUUUUUAUGCAGCCUCUUGCUGCCACUGACGUCAGCCGUUGAAGAAACUCUGAUGGACACCAAAUGGGCUACCACAGAACUGGCCUGGACUUCCCAUCCGGAGACCGGGUGGGAGGAGGUGAGCGGCUACGACGACGCCAUGAACCCCAUCAGGACGUACCAGGUGUGCAACGUGCGCGAGCUGAACCAGAACAACUGGCUGCGCUCCGACUUCAUCCCCCGUAAAGACGUGCUGCGCGUCUACGUGGAGAUGAAGUUCACCGUGCGCGACUGCAACUCCAUCCCCAACAUCCCGGGCUCCUGCAAGGAGACCUUCAACCUCUUCUACUACGAGUCCGACUCCGACUCGGCCACCGCCACCACGCCCUUCUGGAUGGAGAACCCCUACAUCAAGGUGGACACCAUCGCGCCGGACGAGAGCUUCUCCAAGCUGGACCUGGGCCGGGUCAACACCAAGGUGCGCAGCUUCGGACCGCUGUCCAAGGCCGGGUUCUACCUGGCGUUCCAGGACCUGGGCGCGUGCAUGUCCCUGAUCUCGGUGCGCGUGUUCUACAAGAAGUGCUCCACCACCAUCGAGAACUUCGCCGUGUUCCCCGAGACCGCCACGGGCGCCGAGGCCACCUCGCUGGUCAUCGCCCCCGGCAACUGCGUGCCCAACGCGGUGGAGGUGGCCGUGCCCCUGAAGCUCUACUGCAACGGGGACGGCGAGUGGAUGGUGCCCGUGGGCUCCUGCACCUGCGCCUCUGGCUUCGAGCCGGCCAUGAAGAACAC